GGUCUUUGAUGACGAAGCGUUUUAUUUAUUCUUCGAGUUGUUCCCUGUCGCCUUUUUCUCUCUUAGUUUGGCUUUUCACUCCGCGGUGGUCGCGUCUUUUACCCCGGCUGAGACGUGGACCUAUUCAUUUUUUUAUAAGCGAAUGAAUGUUUGACCUCGAGUGGAUGUUCCAGGUGGUAUCUUCCGUCCUUCCUGAGUGGGCCUUGCAGCGCCUUACUGCUACUUACUUUCGAGCAACCGCUUGGUACUCGGUUGGAGUUGGGAAAUUUCAUAGCAAUCAGAAAACCGUAGACCACACCAGCAUGAAGGUGAAGAUUUUGCCAGCUUUGUCAGACAACUACAUGUAUCUGUUGAUGGAUGAGGAAACUAAAGAAGCUGCAAUAGUAGAUCCUGUAGAACCCAAAACUGUGCUAGCGGCUGUAGAGGAAACAGGAGCCAACCUCACCACUGUUCUUACUACACAUCAUCAUUGGGACCAUGCUGGUGGAAACAAACAGUUGGUGUCCCUCUUUGACAAACCUUUGCGAGUUUUGGGAGGAGAUGAUCGCAUUGAAGCCUUGACCCAGAAAGUUACUCAUGGAGAUUCGAUCAAAGUUGGUUCUCUGAAUGUGGAAUGUUUGUUUACUCCAUGUCAUACUCAGGGACACAUUUGUUACAACGUAACUUCAUCCAAACCUGACCACAAUCCAGCUGUAUUUACAGGUGACACCCUGUUUCUCGGAGGCUGUGGGAAAUUCUUUGAAGGAAAUGCUACCGAGAUGCACAGAGCUCUGAUUGAAAUUUUGGGCUCUCUUCCAGAUCACACACAUGUCUAUUGUGGUCACGAGUAUGCAACACAGAACCUGAGGUUCGGUCGUCAUAUAGAACCGGAUAACCAGGACAUCCAGGAAAAGCUUGCUUGGGUGAAAGAUCAGAGAGAAAAAGGCCUGCCUUCAGUUCCUUCUACAAUAGGUGAAGAGAAAAGGAUUAACCCCUUCAUGCGUGUGACAGAGCCUUCUGUGCAACAGCACGCAGGGACCACUGAACCAGUAGCAACAAUGGCUGCCAUUAGAGCAGAGAAAGACAACUGGAAGCCAACUAAACUUUAAAAUACCUCCAGAUCAAAUAUUUUACCAAGUUUGUUCAAAUUAAAGCUUCCAUACUCUGCCUAGGUAUGUGCUUUUAGAUGAAGAAUCGUCAGUUAAGAUGCAAAAGAAUUAUAGUACAGAUUGUUGUAAUGAAGGCCACAUAAAUUGUAAGAUACCUUUUAUACUC